ACACACAUAUAUAAGCCUUGGUAUAAAUUGAGAAACACAUGAAAAGGUGACAGAAAAGUUGGAAAGAACAGAAAAAACAAAUGGAGACAGUAGUUGAUAAUAACAACUCUAGUGAAUCUUCUUUCUGCAGAGAUGAAAAAGUGGAAGCCAUGGAUCUUCUUGAAGAGUGUUGGUUCUUUGAGAAUUUGUUGAACAUAAGGCCAAUGAUGAUGAUGCCAAGGAGCUACUCUGAUCCUUACCCUUCUUCUUCUUCUUCUUCUUCAACUGCUCUAAUCAACACAGAUUUCUUGGUGAAGGACAAUGAUAUUUUAAGCAACUCAUCAUCAUCAUCAUCAUCAUCAUCAUCAUCAUCAGCAAGAGGCAAUAAUAAACCACCAAGAAAUGGUUCUUCUUCUUCUAAUACUAAGAAGAUUCAAAGAGCACCAUCCAUGCCACAAUUCAAAGUUAAAGAAGAGGGUGAUAAUGAUGAUGAUAAACAAGGAGGAAACAAAUUGAUGAUGAAGGGAAAUCAUAGAAAUGAAGGUAAUAGAAGGAAAAACAAGCUUGUUAGAACACCAUCUUUGCCACUAUCAAUGGGGAGUAAUGAAAAGUUUCAAGAAAAUGAUCCAAGAAUUGGAAGAUCAGACAAGCAAACAUCAACACCUAAGAGUUGUAGCAUUCCAAGAUAUAAAGCAUCUAAGAACAUUGAAGGUGACAGCAUCAACAAAGGAGAAGGAAUCAAGGAAAUGAGGCCUAAGUACCUAAAUCAGAGAAGAAUGAUGAGGAGAAGCUUAAGUGAUCUUGAGCUAGAGGAAGUUCAAGGGUUCAAGGAUUUGGGAUUCUCAUUUGAGGAAGAGAGAUUAAGUCCAAGUUUGGUUAGCAUAAUCCCUGGCUUGCAAGAUAAGAACAGAGAUGAAACAGAAGAAGAUAAGAAAGCAAGAGGGCCUUAUCUAUCAGAAGCAUGGUUGGUGAAGAGUCCUCCUCCAAUUCCAAACUGUGAUUCAAAGAAAUCUGCAGCUGACAUGAAAAAGCAUAUCAAGUUUUGGGCUAAAGCUGUUGCAUCAAAUGUGCACCAAGAAUGCUGAGAGAAAACAAAUAAAAAUGGCCAAGAUGAUUAUUAUGUUAUACUCAAAAAAGUGUUGAACAUUAUGACACUUAGAUUGAUCAUUCUAUGUAAAAUU